AUGGACUUGGACGACGUUGUCUCCUUUAACCCCGCCGAUGCGUCGGCAGAGCAGCGGACGGCAACAAUCCUUUGUUACAACUGCGGCGCUCCUUUGGACGGGACUGUAUCGGGAGGCGCUCUUUGCGACGAUUGUAUCAAGCUCACGGUCGAUCCCGAGUCCCGAGAGCUCUUAGCGAUAUGCCUGAAGAAACUGAAUAUUCACAAAGUUCGAGUCGUCGACGCUAGUUUUAUCUGGACCGAACCGCAUUCGAGACGAAUUAAGGUCAAAAUUACGGUACAAGACAGCGUCGCCCACGGCGUAGUAUUGCAGCAAGGCUUCGAGGUGACCUAUGUCGUCUCCACGCAGCAGUGCCCCGACUGUAAGAAGAGCUACACAGCCAACAUUUGGAGAGCGUCCGUACAGGUGAGGCAGAAGGUGCCGCACAAGAGGACCUUUAUGUACCUCGAACAGCUUAUCCUCAAACACAAUGCACACAGAGAUACCUUGAACAUCAAGGAGGCUCGGGACGGCGUCGACUUUUACUUUGCCGAGAAGAACAGCGCCGAGACUUUUGUUCACUUCUUGGAAUCGGUCGUCCCCGUCGAUAUCAAGAAUUCUAAGGAGCUAAUUUCCGAGGAUGCCCACACAGCCACAUCAAACUAUAAGUUUAGCUGGUCCGCCAAGCUUAUCCCCAUCUGCAAAGAUGAUCUUGUCGCUUUGCCUAUCAAAAUAGCCAAGUCAUUGGGCAACAUCUCUCCUAUUGUUCUCUGCCACCGUAUCGGAACCCAUGUGUACCUUCUCGACACCAACACCCUGCAGACUGCCGAUAUCAGCAACAAGGUCUACUGGCGGUCCCCGUUUAUAUCGUUGGCCGAUGCGAAAGAACUCGUUGAGUUCAUCGUGUUAGAUAUCGACUCUACUCCAGUCCGGAAGGGCAAGUGGCACCUCUGCGAAGCUACAGUAGCACGUGCGGCGGAUCUCGGGGUCAACGACGUCACUUACUUCACUCGCACCCAUCUUGGCCACCUACUGCACCCCGGUGAUUCUGUCAUGGGCUAUCUGCUCUCCGGAGCCAUCUUCAACAAUGAACACUUCGAUGCGGCCGAGGCCUCCAACACGUAUAGCUCAGCUAUCCCCGACGUUAUCCUCGUCAAGAAACAUUUCCCGAACCGCAGGAGAAAUAGGCGCAGGAACUGGAAGUUGAAGCACAUCGUCAAGGAGGAGGAUGAUCUGUUUAAUAGAAAGGCCAAUAUGACCAAGGAAGACAACGACUACGAGCUCUUCUUACGGGAUGUCGAAGAUGAUGAGGAGAUGAGGCAAGCAAUGGCUCUCUACAAGGCUCCGAAAAAGACGGACCCGGAUGAGAUGAGUGUCGCCGAGACGGAGGGUGACGAUGACGGGGAUGCCCCUCGCAUCAACGUUGAGGAGCUAUUGGAUGACUUUGAAGAACUCACGGUUCAAGAUGAGUGA